AGCACUCUUGUGCUGACUAAUGCGUUUUACACACUGAAAACGUCAUCUGGUGGUUGCUCUCCAGAUAUUACAAGAUGUGAAGGUUUAAAGAAUCUUCAAGGAAAUGUCGGUCUUCCGAUUUGGUCGUUCUCUCGUAAGGUCGUUUUGUAAGCAGUUUACCGACAAAGGAUCAGGGAAGGUCGCAGCAAAGUCAGGCUUAGGAAGCGGUGGUGAAAUCAGAGAGAGCCACAGAGCUUCUGCCAGACAGUUAGUUGUUGCUUCCCGAGCUUCGCAGAAUGCCAGUCUGUUUGGAAGACUUUUAUGGAGGGGUUUCACGUCCGCUGUAUCAGUUACCCAGGCGGCCUCGUUAAGGCGAAUGGCAGUAUCAAGGUUUCUGAGAGGUUGUGGACCCAAGGCUCCUGUUUUUGCCUUCCUUGGGUUUGCAUAUGCUAGUAAGCAACCAGUGCAGUUUAAUUUGCACACUACAACCUACAUUAAUCAAAAUGUUGGUCAAUUGUUAUGGAACAGCAGGUAUAUUUUACAGGUUGCAGGUUGCAGGUUGAGAUGUAAUUACAACUGUAAAACCGCUGGCACUUAAGGUCAUUCCACUGAAAUAGA